UUGUGCGCUCAAAUCCAAACCAGACAACUCAAAAACAAUUUUUAAAAAAUAAAAAAUUAUUAUACGUAUCUCUCUCUCUCUCUCUCUCUCUCACUGGAGAGCUUCCUUCUUGUUUCUCGUUUCCCCUGAGUUCGAUCGUCGGUUUGAGGAUUUCCUCUCAGACUGUCUGGUAAUCUUUCAUUCUUUGAUUUAAUCUGCGUCUCUCUCUCUUCUUCCUUUUUUCCCUGUUCUUAAUUCAAAGUUUACUACUUGAAUUCCGAUGAAAUUUCCGGAUUCUCAGUUUUAAGUCCCCUCCCUGGUUUUCCGUUCGCUUUCUUUCUUCUCUGGAUUGUAAAUUUGCUUGGAUCAAGUUCGCGUACGGUAUUCAAUGCUUGAAUAUGCAUGACUUGGCGUUUUUUCUUGAGUGUUUGGUUCGUCUUUGAGCUCGCAUUUUUUUGAGUCCUUGUUGUGAUAUAGUCUCGCAUCGGAUACGAGUUUAAUCCUGAUCGAUAUUAACGAACUGUCUUAAGAUCGUGAUUUUUUCUAAAAGUCCCGAAUCUCUUUCAUCUUUCGGUUCAUUUGAAUUUAAAUCUUAAUAAAUUGUUUUUAAUUCCGAAACUCAAAACAAUUUACUGAAUUAACUCAAAAUAUUGAGAGCUCGGAUGAAGAUUUGAGUUGCCGGAAUAAGAAGCUGGAAGAGGAAGAGCGAAAGGGAAAGUGAAAGAACUGUAGUUGGAUUUUGAGCUGCGUAAAUCAAGACAGAGUCCAACUCAUCUUGAGGACUACUUGAUAAGUAGAUUUGAAAUUCUAAAGAAGAGAUGACAAAGCAUCGCUUCAGAGCUUCUAUAGAGUCCUUAGUUGGGAGUCACAUUGAUUCAGAGAAUGAUGAAAAACUGAAAGAGGCUAAAAUAGAAAUUGAGGACAAUGUGAAAAAGAUCCUGAAGCUUAUUAAAGACCAAGAUCCUGAAGAAGGAGAUGGUACCCCAGAAAGCUCCAAAAAUGAAGUAGUUGCUCAACUAAUUGAUGAUUUCCACAAACAGUACCAGUCACUCUAUGCACAGUAUGAUCAUCUAACAGGAGAGCUAAGGAACAAAAUUCAUGGAAAACAAGGAAAAGAGAAUGGUUCUUCAUCUAGCUCAGACUCGGACUUGGGGUAUUCUUCAAAGGACAAGGGCGGUAAGAAUGGACAAGUGGGAAUUGAAAUUCAGAAAGCUAGUGAUAGCAUCAAGCAAGAACUUGAAACAGCACAUCGAGAAGCUGCUGAUAUGGAGAGGAAGUUAACAGCUAAGAAUGAAGAAAAGGAAGCUCUAAAUUUGGAUUAUCUCACUGCUUUGAGUAAGAUACAAGAAGCUGACAAAACCAUUGCAGAUAUGAAGACUGACAGUGAAAGUUUGGACUUUGAAAAGUCAAAACUUAUGACUGAGAAUAGUGAAUUGAGAAAAGAACUGGAGGCUGCUGGUAAGGUACAAGCAGAAUUGAAUAGAGAGAGAGAUAGCUUGAUCAUGGAGAAAGAGACUGCCAUAAAAAGGAUUGAGGAGGGAGAGAAGAUUACAGAAGGCUUAAAAACAAUGCUUGAUCAGCUGAAAGAUGAAAAAGUAAACCUGGAGCAAGAGGUAGAAGCUGUCAGAUUGGAAGUUUCCAAUAUGAAAGAGCAGCGGAAAUCUGCAGAGCAGCAUGUGUCUGAUUUAAGCCACAACCUGGAAACUUCCAAGAAAGAGAACAAAUCUCUCAGCUUAAAAAUCUCAGAAAUCUCGAAUGAGAUUCAGCAAGCACAGAACACGAUACAAGAACUCACAGCUGAAUCAAGUCAGUUUAAGGAGAAAUUGGGUGAGAGGGAAAAGGAACUUUCAAAUCUCAAGUAUAUGCAGGAGGCACAUGAGAAGGACUCAUCUACCCUAGUAAAUGGGCUAGAGGCACAAGUAAAAGACCUGGAACAAGAGCUGGAGUCAUUGCGAUCCCAGAAAAGCGAUAUGGAAGUGCAGAUUGAAAUUAAAGAAACUGAUUUUGGCAAUAUAAAGCAGCAGCUAGUAUCUGCCGAACAGACAGUUUCAGAUUUAAGCCAUGCUCUGAAAGCCACCGAGGAAGAUAAUAAAUCUCUGACUAUGAAAGUCUCAGAUUUAAGCCACAACCUGGGAACUUUCAAGGAAGAGAACAAAUCUUUCAGCUUGAAAAUCUCAGAAAUCUCGAAUGAGAUUCAGCAGGCACAGAAUACGAUACAAGAACUCACAGCUGAAUCAAGUCAGUUUAAGGAGAAAUUGGGUGAGAGGGAAAAGGAACUUUCAAAUCUCAAGUAUAUGCAGGAGGUACAUGAGAAGGACUCAUCAACUCAAGUAAAUGGGCUAGAGGCACAAGUAAAAGACCUGGAACAAGAGCUGGAGUCAUUGCGAUCCCAGAAAAGUGACAUGGAAGUGCAGAUUGAAAAUAAAGAAACUGAUUUUGGCAAUAUAAAGCAGCAGCUGGUAUCUGCUGAACAGACAGUUUCAGAUUUAAGCCAUGCUCUGAAAGCCACCGAGGAAGAUAAUAAAUCUCUGACUAUGAAAAUCUCAGAUUUAAGCCACAACCUGGAAACUUCCAAGGAAGAGAACAAAUCUCUCAGCUUGAAAAUCGCGAAUGAGAUUCAGCAGGCACAGAACACGAUACGAGAACUCACAGCUGAAUCAAGUCAGUUUAAGGAGAAAUUGGGUGAGAGGGAAAAGGAACUUUCAAAUCUCAAGUAUAUGCAGGAGGCACAUGAGAAGGACUCAUCAACUCAAGUAAAUGGGCUAGAGGCACAAGUAAAAGACCUGGAACAAGAGCUGGAGUCAUUGCGAUCCCAGAAAAGUGACAUGGAAGUGCAGAUUGAAAAUAAAGAAACUGAUUUUGGCAAUAUAAAGCAGCAGCUGGUAUCUGCUGAACAGACAGUUUCAGAUUUAAGCCAUGCUCUGAAAGCCACCGAGGAAGAUAAUAAAUCUCUGACUAUGAAAAUCUCAGAUUUAAGCCACAACCUGGAAACUUCCAAGGAAGAGAACAAAUCUCUCAGCUUGAAAAUCGCGAAUGAGAUUCAGCAGGCACAGAACACGAUACAAGAACUCACAGCUGAAUCAAGUCAGUUUAAGGAGAAAUUGGGUGAGAGGGAAAAGGAGCUUUCAAAUCUCAAGUAUAUGCUGGAGGCACAUGAGAAGGACUCAUCAACUCGAGUAAAUGGGCUAGAGGGACAAGUAAAAGACCUGGAACAAGAGCUGGAGUCAUUGCGAUCCCAGAAAAGCGAUAUGGAAGUGCAGAUUGAAAUUAAAGAAACUGAUUUUGGCAAUAUAAAGCAGCAGCUGGUAUCUGCUGAACAGACAGUUUCCGAUUUAAGUCAUGCUCUGAAAGCCACUGAGGAAGAUAAUAAAUCUCUGACUAUGAAAGUCUCAGAUAUUUCAAAUGAGGUUCAGCAGGCACGGAACCUAAUACAGGAACUCACAGCCGAAUCAAGUCGGUUAAAGGAGAAUUUAGGCGAGAGGGAAAGAGAAUUUUCAAUUCUCAUUGAGAGGCAUGGGGUGCAUGAGAACGAAUCAUCAGAUCGAAUUAAGGGAUUGGAGGGUCAUGUUAAAGGCCUGGAACUAGAACUGGAAUUGUUGCAAAGCCAGAAAAGAGAGAUGGAAAUGCAGUUAGAGAGUAAAGCAGCUGAAGCAAGAGAACUGGGAGAACAACAUAUAGAACUACAAGCCCGAGUUACAGAAUUUGAAAUCAUGUCAAAGGACAGAGAAGAUGAGAUAUCUGCUCUCAAGAGGGAAAUUGAGGAGAACAAGAGUGAAUCUCUGUCUAGAAUAACUGAAUUGACGGCAGAGAUGAAUAAUCUGCUGGUGGACUUGGAUUCUUUACGCUCUCAGAAAGGUAAAUUGGAAGAACAGAUUGUAUUUACAAGUGAUGAAGCAUCAUCUCAAGUCAAGGGCUUAAUGGAUGAGGCCAAUGAAUUGCAGCAGAAACUGGAGACACUACAUAGCGAGAAAAUCGAGUUAGAAGUACAACUUGAGAAAAAAACUAAUGAAAAUUCAGAAUAUCUGAUUUAUGUAGAAAAUCUGAAGGAGGAGAUAGCAAGCAAGACCCUGGCCCAACAUAGUGUUUUACAAGAGAGAGAAAGUUUAGCAGUGCAAGUAAAGAAUCUUGAAUCUGUGGUGGACAUUAUCCGCAGUCAGAAAAGUGAACUUGAAGAGCAGCUUGGCGCUAAAGAACUCGACAACAUUCAAUGGACAGAGGAGAAGCGGGGGCUUCGUGACAAGAUUUUUGAACUGGAGAAAACAGUGGCAGAUAGAGGGUUCGAGUUAUCUGCUCUGCACGAAAAACUUAAAAGUGGAGAGAAUGAAACUACUGCUCAAAUAAUGAACUUUGAGGCAAAGAUUAGCAAUCUACAACAGGAGUUGGAAUCCUUCAAAACCCAGAAAAAUGAGAUAGAGUUGCAGUUUGAAAGAGAGAAACAGGAACUUUCAGAAAGUCUGGCCCAAAUGGAGAAUCAAAAAGUUGAGUUAACGAGCAAGAUCACCAUUCAUCAGAGAAUGCUGAGAGAACAGGAGGAUGCAUACCACAAACUAAAUGAGGAAUAUGAAAAGCUCGAAGGUCAGCUUCAGGAAUGCAAGUUAAAUCUUGGAGUUGCAGAGAAGAGGAUUCAGGAAACAGCAGAGAAAUUCCAUAAGAUCAUUGAAUCCAAAGAUCAGAUGGUAGCUGAAUUGGAAGAAGUGGCUGAAGAACUAAGAAGAGAUCUAGAAUUAAAAGAAGAUGAACACAGUUCUUUAGUUGAUAAUGUCCGUACAAUUGAAGUUAAGCUCCGCCUGUCAAACCAGAAGCUCCGGGUCACCGAACAGUUACUAACUGAAAAGGAAGAAGCUUUCAGAAUUACAGAAUUGAAGUUCCAGCAAGAACAGAGAGCACUUGAAGAAAGAAUACAUAUAUUGACUGGAAUAAUUACUAGCAACAAUGAAGCUCAUCGAAGGAUGAUAGCAGACAUCUCCGACCGUGUGAACAGUACCUUGACAGGACUGGAAACGGUGAUCCUAAAAUUUGAAGAAGACUUCAAAAAAUAUGAAAAUUGCAUCUUGGAAAUAUCAAAUGAGCUUCAAAUUGCGAAGAACUGGGUCAUGGAGACUAACAAGGAGAAAGAGCAACUAAAGAAGGAGCUACACCAUCUAGUAGAGCAGCUACAAGAUGAGAAAGACAAGGAAUCGUCAUUGAGAGAGAGGGUUGAGAAGUUAGAGGUCAAGGCAAGCAGGGAAGAAAUAGAGAAAGAGAAUAUGAGCAAAGCAUUAAAACAGCUUGAGAAGACGGUCGCAGAGUUAGAAAACUUGAUGAAAGAAAAGGACGAUGGAAUGUUGGGUCUUGGGGAGGAGAAGAGGGAGGCCAUAAGGCAGCUGUGCGUGUGUAUCGACUAUCACCGCAGUCGGUAUGAUCAUCUCAAGGAAAUGCUCCCAAAGGUGACUGUCAGAGCCAGAGGACAGAGGGCAAGCUAAUUGUCCGAUUAUUCUAUACAUGUAUGUGUAUGUCCAUUUUUGUUUUUGCACCCAUUAUUGUUUCUAUUGAUUCAUUUUCUUUCCUUUUUAUUUAUUCCUGGGAGGCAGGCAAUUGGGUUGUUAAAACAUUUUAGGCGAUGCUUAAUUCUGAAAUAUCUGCAUUUUAUACGAAA